UUUUAAACUUGUUUUAAAUUGUUAUAACCUAUCUUUUUCAUGUUCUUUAAUGAACAUUAAGUUUAGUAAUAAGCCCAAUUAUAAAUUAUUAUUAUAUUAUAAAUUAAAUUUGUUAUACUAAUUAACCAAACAACACCUCUACAGCAAAGAAGUUAUGUUGAAAUAGAGGUAAAGUUAGACAUAAAGCCUAUACAGUUGAAGACAAACGAAAGAAAUUAAUUAACUGGCUGGUUUCCUAGGAAAUUAAACCUGGAUAUUUUUUGAAACUAGUAUUGAUUGACAGUUCUUAAAAGUCGCAAAGUGAUUAAAAGUUACAUUUGAACCCAUUUAAAGUUAUUAUGGCUACAGGAGGUGCUACUCGUAAAAAGAAAGAUGGACCCAAAUUCGAAUUAAAUGAACAGCAAAAGAAUGAUAUAAAAGAAGCUUUUGACUUGUUUGACAUUGAAGGAGUUGGAACCAUUGAUUCCAAAGAAUUAAAAGUUGCAAUUCGAGCUUUAGGAUUUGAACCAAAGAAAGAAGAAAUAAAAGCAAUGAUUGCUGAAGUUGAUAAAGAAGGUACUGGAAAGUUGUCUUUUGACGAUUUUUUGUAUUUAAUGUCGGUUAAAAUGGCAGAGAAGGAUUCUAAAGAAGAAAUUAUGAAAGCUUUUCGUUUGUUUGAUGAUGAUGACACUGGAAAAAUAAGUUUCAAGAAUCUCAAACGAGUUGCUGCAGAACUUGGGGAAAAUCUCACUGAUGAAGAACUUCAGGAAAUGAUUGAUGAAGCUGAUAGGGAUGGAGAUGGUGAAAUAAGCCAGGAUGAAUUUCUGCGCAUCAUGAAGAAAACCAGCUUGUACUAAUGCCAAAGAUAAAUUUCAUUAUCAUACUUUUUUAAUAAUACAUUUUUCAUUUUUCAGGCAUACAUGAAAUACAUUUCUGUAGUAUUUGUGGUGUGUUUCAGGUUUAAACUCUGUUACUUUUAAGGACAUUGAAACAUAUUACAUAAUAAAGGAGAUUACAUGAAUAAUGCUACUGGAAAAGUUUCAUAAAAUCUAUAGUUCAGAUUGUAAUUCUUUCAGUAGUUUUAUAUGUGUAAUUUCUUUCAAAUGAAGUUCAAAUAUAAAGGUUUGAAUAUGAAGGCUGCGAAUUUGUUUUGUGAAUUUUGCUCUUCACAAAAAAAAUUUUUUUAUAGCAAGAUCUUUUAGAUGUAACAUUGCUCUAGUCAUUCCAUUGUAAUGUAUCCUUUGUAAAUAUAAUUAUACUCAUAAAUAAUAGUUGUUUAAAGUAUUACUUGCACAAUUUUAUUAAAUACAUGUUUUAAGCACUAAAACAAUAUAUGCAUACUAGGCACAAUUUCAAUUUUCUUUAAGAAAGAUUAAUGUAAUUACCAUAAUCCAAGUUAAUAUCAUAUGUUUUUGAGAUUUGUUAUAUUUAAAAUGCACUUCUUACUAAAUAAAAGUUUUAAUUGUA